GCUCCCGCUACGCUUACGCUCCCUCUAAUCUUCGUUCGAUUCUCCUCCUGGUUCCUAGACAGCUUUCCCUUCGUUCUUUUUUGGUCUGGGACUGCUCUUCACGACCCCUUUAGUUUCGACUGUCUUGGUGCCGGCUCGACGCUGCGAACUGCUGUUGAACAGUAUCAAGACACCUUACUCGUAAUUCAACGUGUUUUCCGCCCUUUGCGAUGUCACAAGUAACUAUGCAUGCUUUCACCUCGGGAGAAGUGGCCGCGAUCGUGCCCAUCUUCAUAUGCUCCUGCCUAUCUAUCCUGGCCAUAUUCUUCCUUGCGACCCGCGUUGCCUGGACUUUGAUCACCCCGGAGUCAGAUGUCAAGCCCGCCCGUGAACGCAUCUUCUUCCGCACGCAGCUUGGGCUGUUCGCAGGCUGCUUGCUCUUGAGCAACCUUAUCAGCUGCACCGCUGGGCUGAUGGAAGGCGCUUGGGUGAUGAUGAAGGGAAUUCAAGAAGGCUCGAUAUGCACCACCCAGGCUACCUUGAUGGGCGUCGGCGAUUUCGGGUCGGCGUACUUCACAGCGCUUGUUGCGGUGCACACCUUCAACUCGUUGGUGCUGCGGUACAAGCAACCAGUGUGGGUCAACAUCGCCGCGGUUACUUUUGGUUGGGCUGGUGCCCUUGCCGUGGGCGUGGUCCCCGCUUUUGUCUCGCCUCCCCGGGGUCCUGUGUAUGGUUCCAUGUCGUAUGCGUGCGGCACAUCUGCUGCUUAUCCCGCCUAUCAGUUUUGUUUGCAUUUGCUUCCGAUUUUCGUCACUGCUCUGAUUUCUGCGAUUCUGUAUUCUCUGAUUUUCCUCGUCAUUCGCGGAACGAUGUCUAUCCGCGGCGGUAUCAGCUUCUCGUUGGACCCGCAUCAGCGCUGGAGCGGUCAAGUACACGGCUUCGACGAGUACCACCGAUUUAUCAGAGCAAUUGCUGCCUCGAUGCUUUGGUACCCGCUGGCAUACCUCAUUCUCCUGCUGCCGGUAUCCUUUACGUUGCUGCUAUUCAUUCAAGGCUUCCGUGUAUCGUGGGGUGUUAUGGUGUUCAGCACUGCUUGCUCCCUCCUCCUUGGUCUCGCAAACGUUACCCUCAUCUACAACACGCUGCGUGUGCUGAGCCCCGCGUUUACCGGCACCACCCGGGGCUCCUCCGGCCCUCAGACGGAUGCCGAGCGCACCUGGGGACCUUCGGAGAAGCAGGAAGACUAUCAGCCUCACUUUGCUGCCCCGCCCAUGAGUGCGAAAGCGUUCGAGUUCCCGGCCAGCCCGCGAUCACCGGCCUCAACCGUCCGUGCGCCCACCGUUCGCAAGCACAGCGGGGGGAUUGUGCCCUACGUCUCGCACUCGGCCUCCUCGAGUGACGUGUCCUCGACCCGGAGCCUCUUGCGGCCUACUGGGCACCGCCAGGGCCUUAGCUCGGAUAGCGCGAGCAUGAUCUCGGCCAUCUCCCGGCCUAUCACCCCGGCCUCUCAACUCAGCAUGGAGAUCAGCAUCCCGGAACCGGCACACCAGUCCUCCCUUUACCCGCACCAGCGCCAACAGUCUGCGGACUCCUUGGGCUCGCUGCCGCCUCCUCCCCGCGCAGGACGUUCGCCCCUGCGCAGGGAACCUUCCGCCUCGCAACUCCCACCCACCAGGAUGGUGCUCGGCCCUUCAGGCCAACUUGCCCUCCCCUCAGACGUGUCGUCCGACAACAAGCAAGUCUCGCGCAAGGAAUCCCUCGCGUCGAUGUUCCUGUCACGAUCUUCCGUCCAGGAGCGGUCGAAAGGUUUGGCACGCAACGUUUCCGUGGGCGGGCUAAGCUACGCGUCCGCGGACUCGCCCACGAGCGAGUACGGCUCUUACGGCUCGCCGAUACUCGGGAACCUCAUGCGCCAGCAGAGCAACGCGACGGCCUUCAACCAACCCCGCGCAGAGCGUGACGGCCCGCAGGCCCUGGGCGCGACGGCCUGGGCGAGCCUGGUCACCAACGCUGCCACGAGCGACGCGCGGGGUAUGGGCUCGCCGUACACGCCGACCCGGCUCCGCGGGGACUCGGAGUCGAGGGACGUCCCGGCGUCGCUACGCCCCCGCGCGGCGUCCGCUCGCCCCGUCGUCGACAUGAACCGCGUCAACCGCGGCAGCGGCGCCUCCUUCUCGCGCGCGGCGUCCGUGUCGAGCACGCACACGCGCACGUUGUCGGGCCCGCGCGGCUUGCCUGCGGUGCCCGUUCGCGCCACGCAUCGGCCGUCCGUGUCCGGAGAAUACAUCUAAACAUGCCAAGUCAGAGCAGUUCGUUUGUCAUACAUCUUCAAAACCGUCUUCGAUAGAGCUAUCGCACUUUCACUUCGACCACGACACGCAAAUGGCCGUGCUGUAUUAUUAGUUGGUCGUAAUACUUUAUGUAGCAUAUCGGAGUAGCCUAGUCAUGCGCAAUGCUCACACGGGAG